AUGGCAAAGCUAAUUACCUCAACUGCUCUAAUCUGCAUUCUUCUAGUGAUCAUAGCCAAUGCAGUCUCCGGCCAUAUGACAACCACCACCACCACCACCACCGUUGAAAUGGACGAUGCUUAUGAAGUUCGGGAAAUGUGCAAGAGAGAAGCUGAAAGAACAAAUUUGAGCUCUUGUGAGAGGUAUAUAAGACAGUCGAGAACAAGGUCAGAAGCUCUGUUAGCUAUGAAAGGAAUCGAAAACCGGCACCAUAACGUUCCUAGACAAUGUUGUGACCAAGCAAGGAAGCUACGUGCCAUUUGUCGAUGUGAAUCCAUAUUGUAUCUACCAGAGAAGCAAGGAUUUGUUGGAAGCGAAGAAUAUGAAGAGGCAGAGAGUAGGUCUUACAAUAUAAUCGAUGUUUGCUUUGGCUCGGCCUGCCCUCGUUAA